AAGAGAUGCUCAAGAAAGAGAUGCCACGGAUACAAAUGCUCCACCUGAUACUGAAGCAAAAGAAGUUGCACGAGGCAUCACUAUUAUGAAGGGAAUCGUUCGACAUAGAGACCAAGGAUUAGUAUACCGUUUGGAUUGGAAUUCUGAUAAACAAGCAAUUGGUCCUAAUUCUGCAAAGUUGACCAGCUAUAUUGGUACACUUGUUCGUAUGCAUAUUCCGGUCUCCACAGCUAAAUGGAAUCUGAAAAGCGAAGAGUUGGAUGCGAAAAAAAAGCGAUUUGGGACGAGCUUCAGAGGACUUUUGAGAUACCAGAUGAUUGUAAACGCUACAUACUUAGUUUGGCCGGCAAAAGAUAUAGAGGGUGGAAAGCCUUUUUGACAAACACCUAUCUUAAGGAUAAAGAUGGAAACUUUCUUGAAGAGGCACCGGGACGGCCAAAAAAGUAUGAGAUCUUCAUUGGUGAAAAAGAUUGGGCUGAGUUUGUAAAUCAAAGAGAUGAAGAUUUUCGGAAAAGGAGUGCCACGAAUAGUGCGAGAGCAUCCAAACCCGCGUAUCCAUACAAAAAAGGGCGUAUGGGAUAUGCACGCUUAGAGGAUAAACUUUUAGAGGAGUCUAAAAGUGAGGAAACCUCACUUCCUGUACAUGUGUUGUGGAGGGAAGCUCGUGUGGGCAAGAGUCAAGCUGUCGAUCCCGAAGUUCAGAGAGUUUUUACUGAAUGUGAGACCUUGUCGCAAUCGGCAUCCACCGCGAGGAGGUGA